AUGAAAUUAGUUUUUAUUUUUAUACUUUCAAUAUUGUUUUUUUAUAUAAAACAAAUUGAAUCAUUAACUGGUACAGUAACAUUAGUUGAAGAUAAUUACUCUCAUAUUCAAUUUUGUAGGCCAACUUUUUUUGUAAAUGUUACUUCAAGUGAAAUGUUAAGUACCUUAUAUUUUAGGGAUUUAAAUGGUGUAACUAAUGGACCAAUAUUUGCAGAGACAUAUCGGGAAUUUAUCAGUCCUAAUUAUUAUCUUUCAGGAUACCUUACAAGUGGUUUUUAUCAACCAAAUCCAAUUAGCACAUUGCAUGCCCAAGAUUCACAAUAUGGAAAUGAACAGAAUAUUCAAGCAGAUAUUAGUUAUGUUUGUGAAUUGCCACCAGUUAUUAAUAUUACCGAACCUGUUUGCAUCAAUUUAAAACCACUCAAAUUAGAGACAACAUUUUAUGUCUAUGUUGAAAAUUUAAAAAAGAGAAUUCAACUCAUUGAUAGUAUAAAUCCAUCUACUUCAUCUCCUUUUUCACUAUUAUUCAUUAGCUCUGAACCAUAUUUCUUAAAGUUUAAUUUAAUUUUUGAACAUUCAAAUAAAGGUGCAAUUAUAAAAUCAGAGUUUCUUACAUUUCAUUUAACAUAUGAUGUAUUGACAAAUUUUACAUUAAAUAUUGUACCACCAAUUAAAUAUAAUAUAAAUAGUGAACUUCUUAAAAUUUCUCAAUACCCAAGUACUUCAUAUACUACAUCGAAUAAUUGGGAUAUUAAUAAUAUGGUUUUUAUUAAAGGUUCAAAUAUUGAUCAAAAUUUAUUUUUAUAUGGUCUUUAUAAUUCAACUAGUAUCUUUGAUAAAAAUCAAUUUUUCUCUUUAGUUUCUGGAAAUAAUACCAAUGGAAAAUUUUUGUUUGUGUCCUCUUCUUUUCCAGUAAAUAGAGAUUUAACUCCAUCCACAAUAAAUUUCAAUCUUUUUGACUAUGGUAACCAAAGUAAUUUUGAUGAUUCUUCUAUUACAAAUGAUGGUGCUCUAGAAUAUACUACACCAUUUAAAUGGAAUAAUUUUUAUUUUACUUGUAAAUAUCCAGAUGAUUAUAAAUUAUCUUUAAAGUUUGGUUUAAAUAAUUAUUUUUCACCUAUUUAUCCAUUUGGUUUAAUGAAAUUAAGUACUGAUGGAAGUUGUAAAUUUGAUUUUAAAUGGGCUAAAGGAUCAAAUGAAGUUACACUUUUAUCAGAUACAGGUCAUAGAUAUUAUUAUCCACCAACUACAAGUGCUGAUGCAUCUAAACCAACUUUUGUUGAUUUUCAAUUAUUUUAUCCAAGAGGUGGUGAUGGAAAUUAUGCAAUAUUAAGCGCACAUAUUAUUGAUUCUGGUUCUGGUUUCUCAUUUUUAUACUAUGGUGGAAAUUAUAUAACAGCUGCAGAUUUAAUAAAUGGUACAAUUAAUGAUGGUUUUUAUGAAAAAUUAAUAUAUGUAACAUUUGAUACCACAUGCCGAAUUGGUGAUAUUGAUUCAAACAUUGAUUUAUGUAAUCCUGAUCCUUCCAAUCAAAACAUUAAAUUUUAUUAUGGUUUAAACCCAUCAGAUUUUAUACCUUAUUUAGUUGAUACUGAUUUUGAAAUUACAAGAUUUGAUUUUGAAAGUUCAGUUUAUGAUAUAUCGGAAUCUGGUAAAUUAGUAACAUUUUAUUUAAAUUAUUCAAAAGCUCAAUCAGAUAUUCCAAUUUCUUUCUUUUUAACAGAUAGAAAUUAUGGUGAUAAAUAUAUUGAUAUAAAUAGUAAAUCAAAUCGUUAUUUAAUGGAUAAAGAUUUAAAUUUAUUUAAAAUCACAUUUUAUAUCCCACCAAAAUUAUGUACUGGUACCUUACCAUUUUUAAUUUCACUACAGUAG